AUGGCCGGCAACGUGCGACAACCAAUCGACAUUGCGUCGCUAGAGCGCUACAUCACCGCCAAUGUGCCCGAGAUCAAAGUUCCACUGGAUGUGAAGCAGUUCGGUUAUGGACAAUCGAAUCCGACGUACCAGUUGACGGAUAAAGAUGGCAAGAAAUAUGUUAUGAGGAAGAAGCCCCCGGGUCAACUGCUGUCAAAGACUGCGCACAGAGUCGACCGCGAGUACAGAAUCAUCCACGCACUCGAAAAGACCGAUGUUCCCAUCCCGCGCGCACUAUGUCUUUGCCAGGACCAGGACGUCAUUGGCACCGACUUCUACAUCAUGGACUUCCUCGACGGGCGUAUCUUCGAAGAUCCCGCGAUUCCAGGCGUAACAGCUGAAGAACGCACCAAGAUGUGGCACUCCGCCAUAACCACGCUCGCGAAAUUCCAUCGCGUAUCCCCCGCGUCUGUCAACCUCGCCUCCUACGGCAAGAACUCUGGCUUCUACAACCGCCAAAUUGCAACCUUCGAUACGAUCUCCAAAUCGCAAGGGGCGGCUAAAGACAAGGAGACUGGGGAGCCAGUAGGCAAGAUACCGCAUCAAGACGACAUGGUAGCCUUCUUCAAAGACCCAAAGACGCAGCCCAAGGACCGCGCAACCUUUGUCCACGGCGACUACAAGAUCGACAACGUCGUUUUCCACAAGACAGAACCUAGAGUGAUCGGCAUCCUAGACUGGGAAAUGAGCACGAUCGGCCACCCGCUGUCUGAUCUGAACAACGUUCUCGCGCCCUACGUGACAGCAUCGGAUGAAACGGCCAUGUCAAUCGGGCGCGCGCACAAGGGUUUCCAACCCGGGGCUACACCUGGUCUACCUACGCGAGAGCAACUGAUUGCGUGGUACUCUGAAGUUGCAGGCUGGGAUCCGCGACCGGACUUCGUUUGGGGCGACGCUUUCAGUACGUACAGGAGCGCCAUCAUCAUGCAGGGAAUUGCUGCACGGUAUGCAUUGAGACAGGCGAGUAGCGAGCAGGCGCAGUCGUAUGGGGCUAUGAUGAAGCCCUAUGCGGAGAUUGCAUGGGGUCUUGUGCAGAAGAUUAACAGAGGGGCGAAAGCGAAGCUAUAG